AUGCACUUCAAUACUCCAGCUGGCGAUGCUGGAUCUAGUUCGGGUCGGACUCAAGAGAUUCGUAUACAACACAUUAAUGCUCCACCAGGUUUUCCCUUGGAUGAUCCAAAUUUAGAUGCCACCUUAUUGAGAAUUGUUAGUGAUGGAGGUGCCACAACGGAGAACAAACAUUCCCGCGUUGAAGAAAACGAAGUUCAACAACAACAACAAACGGCAUUUGUGAAUUCCUAUAAAGCUCCCGAUUAUUUGCCACCAAAACAGGAAACCCCAUAUCAGGGUAGUCCCUAUUUACCACCCGUAUCGGGUAGUAGUGAAAAUUCCGGUGUAGUAUUUAAAGGUUCCGAAUAUUUACCUCCCCAAACCAGUAAUGAAAAUAGAGCCUUUAAGGGUCCAGAUUAUUUGCCACCCAAUGGCGGAGUAUCAAAUAAUCCAAACCCCUUCCCAUCGAAUAAUCAAUUUAAAGGACCCGAUUAUUUGCCACCACCACAAGCAAGUGGUCAGCAAUAUAAGGCUCCAGAAUAUUUACCACCAACUGGUGGUGUUAAUCAACAAGGAUCAUAUCAGGAAACUACAUCCCAAGGCGUAGUCUCCAAUAAUCAGCAACAAUACAAGGCUCCAGAAUAUUUGCCACCCACCAAUACACCAUUCAAGGGUCCCGAUUAUUUACCACCCCAGCCAAGUGUGAGCGGAGGUGCCAGCAAUCAAGUUCAAUAUCAAACAAAUACACCAUUUAAGGGUCCUGAUUAUUUACCACCCCUGGCGAACACAAAUGCUGCUUCAUCCCAAUCAAUUACGUCAAAUGGUCAAACUCCUUAUAACACUCCCUUCAAGGGACCAGAUUAUUUACCACCACCACCAAGUAAUUCAUUUAAGGGUCCUGAAUAUUUACCACCUCAGGUAAGUGCCACACAACAGAGUGUCGUGGAAAAUGUGUAUAUCCCCUCUGGGGUAUUACCACCAGGCUAUGAUUUUGUUAAGCCUGAAAAUGCAGAGGCCGCCAUCAAUGAAUUGCACACUUUACCGGAUGAUGAUACCAACACUUUCUCGAACACCAACAACAAUAUUAAUAAUCAAGAAGUUACGGUACAGGCACAUCUGCAAGUUUCCUCUGGGGGUCAAGUGGAAGCAAGAAACGUGGGUACAUAUCAGGCUCCUGGUUAUUUGCCACCGGUUAGACAACAAUCCUCCGAUAUUAUCUAUGGAACUGCAAAACCGGGAAAUGGUCCCGUAAGUCCCACAGCUGGAGUUUCAGUAUAUCAGACUGCUGGGUCAUUAGCAGGUCAACAAUCACAACCUCAGGGUGGCUCUUACCAGGCUCCAGGAUAUUUGCCACCAGCUUCUCCCCAACAGCCACAAACACAGGGCGAAUCUUAUCAGGCUCCUCCAUAUUUGCCACCAGUUUCUACUCAACAAACCCAGAGUGUAACCUAUCAGGCGCCAGUUUCUUCUCAACAGUCACAACAGAUCCCAGGUGUAACCUAUCAGGCCCAAGUUUCUUCUCAACAGACACAUCAAACCCAAAGUGUAACAUAUCAGGCCCCUGCUUAUUUACCACCAGUCCCACAACAACAAUCUCAGGGAGGAUCCUAUCAGGCUCCUGGUUAUUUGCCACCAAGCCCUGCCCAAGUCAAUACAAAUGGCGCCCAACACAAAGUGGAGGGGGAACCUCGUUAUUUACCACCCGGCUAUGAUUUCCAAAAAACCGAUGAACAGCCACAACCACAAAUAACACAACAAACAAAUGUUGUUGCCAAUAUCAACAAUAAAUUUAAGCAAGCCACAACUGGUUACUUGCCACCUGGUUAUGAUUUCCAAAAACCUGUGGAAGCAGAAAUUCAGCAGGCACCAAACACUCAAAGCCAGACCGUUCAACAAACAACCAUUGUUGGUAAUAAUAAUUUCAAGGCUCCCAGCUAUUUACCACCCGUUAGUGAACCACCAUUUAAGGGUCCAGAGUAUUUACCACCCACAAAUAAUGCCGAACAAUCUUCGGGAGUAGUAACAUCCAGCUCGGGAUCUCAAGUUUCAACCCCGACACUACAGGCAGCCGGCUUUUUGACUCCCUCUGGUUUCAAGGCUCCGGCGUAUUUACCACCCACCUCCAAUGAACCAAGACCCUCAUAUGCCUUACCCUCAACAUUCCAAGGUCCAGGCUAUUUGCCGCCAUUUGUGAACUCAGCCCAAAGCCAGGCAAGUUAUAUGCAUCCCUUGAGCAGCUAUAUGACCAGUGUUCAGCCCUAUGAACGUUAUGGCAGUACCAGAAAACCAUUUGCCCAAUAUGGACCACCACCGGCGGCGGCAGCAGCAACAGCAGUGGCCAUAAAUACCAAUGACGUUGCUCCCAUGUAUAAAGAACCUGCCACCAGACCUCAAUAUUAUGCUCCCGCCAUGUCCUAUGCCCAAAAUACAAUCAGUACCCAGGCUUAUAGGUCCCAUGAGGUUAGCAGUUCUGCCCUUAAUCCGCAAACACGUCAAGCCUUGCAAGCUUUUAUGCCCAAAGAUUUGCGACAAGAAAUCUCCACGGGUCACUCCAAUGUUGGCAUUUCUUCUACACCAACUCCAAAGGUAGCUGGUGCUCCAACAGCUUCCGCUAAAAUACGUACCGUACAAAUUGUCAAUACAAAUGCUGUGAAAACUCUCAAAGUUUUGGAAUCCUUGGAUCACAGUGGUGUUAAGACCAUUAAAAUUCUAGGUACCAGCAAUGAGGAACCCAUGGGUGAACAUCGUGUUGUCAAAGUUGUAACUGGCCACAAACACGAAGUGCAAACUGUGAAAAUCUUCAAUGAUCAUCAGGAUGUAUCGGAGCAUCAAAGUAGUAGCGGAGAGUCUCGUGGCUAUUUGCCACCACGUCAGAAGCGUAAUCACAAAAAAGUCACACCCCGAGGUCGUAAACGACCACCACCAACUAGUUCAUUUAAGGCUCCACAAUAUUUACCACCUCAGGGAAGUUCCGCACAACAAAAAGUCGUUGCAAAUGUGUAUACGCCCUAUGGAGUAUUACCGCCAGGCUAUGAUAUUUUAAAGCCUGAAAACGUGGAGGCCGCCAUCAAUGAAUUGCACACUUUACCGGAUGAUAAUACCAACACCUCUACGAACAAAUGCGACAUUAAUAACCAAGAAGUUACGGUACAUGUACAUCUUCAAGUUUCCUCUAGUGGUGUUGGUAGGCAAGUGGAUGCAAGAACCGUGACCACAUAUCAGUCGCCUUGUUAUUUGCCACCAGUUAGACAACAAUUUAUGGCAAAAUUGGAUCCUAUUUAA